UUUUUUAGGGAUUUUUUCUUCUUUCAAAGGUAAUCAGUUCAUUAAUGAAAAGAACAAAUUAGGGGGGUUUUUAGGAGAUUUAGUUGUAGAAAAUUAAAGGUUUUAAUUUCUAGUGGGUUGUACCCACCAUCAUCUCAAGUUGAGAACUUCUGCAAAUGGGAGAGUUGAGGCCACCUUUUCUGUUUACUUGGCUUCUAUCCUUGAAUACCUAACUAGUGAGGUUCUAAAUUUAGCUAAAAAUGCGAGCAAGAUCUGAAAGUGAAGAGAAUCACUCCAAGGCGUUUACAGCUAUCUAUUAGAGAGGAUGACAAGCUUGACACCCUUAUCAAAGGUUCCAUUGUUGGAGGAAAAGGAGCUUGGGCAUCUAGUUACUCAAGCAAAGGUGUUUGAUUGCACUCAUAAGCGAUGUAAUGGUGAAUUUGUUGACAAAAAGUCAAAAACUGUUAGUGAGAAAUAUGCUUCUGCCAUACUACAAAAGUUUGGUGAGACUAGCACACAACUCAAAUUUGAUGCUAAGACAUGGCAUGAAAUAGUCAGAGGUGUUGGCCAUGGACAAUUAUAUGGGUUUGGAAGGGAAGAUCCGAGACACAUACUUGAAACUUCCUAUCCUUGGCAAUCAUUCCAAACUAUACCAUCUUCUGAAGAUGCUCCAUUUCUCUAACUUGGAACUCAAGAUAUGCAAAAAGUUGUGAAACAAGUUUUAGAAGAAUUGGAUGGAGUUCUAAAUACACGUCUUCAACAUCCUUUGAGAUGUAUGGGCAUUCAAAUGCCAUGUUUAUUAUCUUUUAGGGUUAAUUCAAUCGUUGAUGGCAAUGAUGGGGAAAAUCCAAGAGGUGAUGAUGAUGAAAAUGAUGGGGUAAUUCCUAUGGAUGAUAAUGACAAUGUUCAAGAUGUAGUAGAUGAUGCUACUAAUAGAGAAAAUGAUGUUAGAUAUAGAGUAGGUUAAUCCAAACUCAAAUUGACUUUUUAUAAUUUUCUAUAGAUAUAUUUUGUUAUCUAGUUGAACUCAACUAGAUUCAUUUAGGAAUAUAUUUUGUUUUCUAGUUGAACUCAACUAUACUCAUUUAGGUAUAUAUUUUGUUAUCUAGAUGAUCUCAACUAGGCUCAUUUAGGUAUAUAUUUUAUUAUCUAGUUGAUCUCAGCUAGGCUUCUUUUGGUAUGUAUUUUGUUAUCUAUAGCUGAUCUCAACUAAGCUCACUUAGGUAUAUAUUUUGUUAUCUAGUUGAUCUUAA